GCAACAGUUUUGCGAGUACUGGUCAUCAAAAAAUCAGCAGCGCGAAAAAUGUUGAAAUCAAUCAUUUCAAGCCUUUUCAUUUUCGGGGUAGUCUUCGGAAGACCAUCUGAGGAGAAAGUAACCUUGAAACUUGAAGUUCCCGAAGUUUCCGAUAAAAUAGUUCAAUUUCAACAACACGCAGAUGGACAGUACAGCUAUACUUAUGCAAAUCCGUUAUCUUCGAAAUCUGAAGUAAGAUCUUUAGAUGGAACAACGAACGGUGUUUAUAAAUAUCUCGAUUCAGACGGAAAAAUACAAUCUGUUGAAUAUUCAUCGGAUGAGAAUGGAUUUCAAGUAAAAUCGGCAACGAAUCUUCCCGAAGCACCGAAAGUACCUGAAUUACCGAAAUUAGAAGCACCUCUCCCGGUUAGUGACACCCCUGAAGUGGCCGAAGCUAGAUCAAAACAUUUAGAAGCAUUGAAAUUGGCUGAAAAAUCCGGCGGUGAGGGACCAAGUGAGAUUGAAACAACAGUGGUAAAUCCCGCACCUAUUUUAUCACAUCCUAUUAGCUUUUAUGGAGUCCCUCCAAGUAACGUUCAGGUUCUUCCAUUUUCUGCAACUCCAUUAGUAACGUUAAACUACCAAAUUCCUGGAGCUUCCUUCAGUUAUGCUACAUACCAAGCGCCAAUUUUACCAAAUGGAUUUGCUUUUCAACUAAUUGGAAGUAACGGAGCUGUUUACCCACAAGGUGUACAAGAAAAUUUGGUUAAAGAAGAGGCUGAAGAUACCGUUACCAUCGAAGCAAAAAACGUUAAAGAAGAAGUGCCCGAAAAGAAAGAAUAAAGUCCAAAAUGACAUCGUAAAAAUAAGCUUUUAAUUUUUGAUUUUUAUUUUCUUUGGGAAUGUUGUAAAUAAGGUUUUGUUUUUGAAACCGAUUUGAAAUCUAAACCAAAAGUUGUAAUUAUUAAAAAUAAAUUUCACUACAACAAAAAAAAAA